GAACAUCCCCGGAAAACCCCAGGAUUUCGAGUCCAUGGCGGAGACCACCGUCCACGGCGCCAUCCGCCGCGACUCCUCCGGCGACCGGCCGAAUAGCGCCAAACGAAACCGAACCCAUCCUCCUCUUUUGAGCCCUAGGGAUCUCAUCAGUGACCUGCCAGACGCCGUGAUCCACCACAUCUUCUCCUUUCUGCCCCUGAAAGACGUCGUCAAGACCAGCGUCCUCUCCAAGCGCUGGCAGUCCGCUUGGACCACCACCGCCCACCUCGUCUUCCACGACACCUACUCCUCGGACUUCCCGUCCCUUGUCGACAGCGUCCUGAUCCGGUGCACCUCGCCCACGGUGAAGAGGUUCCACAUCACCAUCUUCAAGUGCAACGCGGCCUACCGCCCCAAGCUCGACCUCUGUCUCCGCUUUGCAGAGGACCGCCGUGUGGAGGAUCUUCGCCUAUGUCUUCUUCAGCUGCGGGUUCAUUAUAUACUGCCACGGUUCUUGUAUUGCUUGAGUCGGUUGGUGCGCCUGGAAGUCUAUAGCUGCUGUUUUUCGUUGGGUACUGCUAUUAGGUGGCCUUGUCUUGUUGUUAGGAUGUGCGCAGUUGAGAGAUGAUAUCCUGGAGGGAAUUGUCAGGGGAAGUCCUGUUUUGGAGUCCGUU